UCUUUUUCAUUUUUUUCUCAGUUCCAUCUUUAAUUUCCCUCCAUGGACCAUUUUCUUUACCUUGUUUGUGUCUGAAGAAACAUUGGGGUGUAGUUUGAGGCUUUAGGGGUGUGGUGGGGACGGGAGUCGUUCUCUUUUGGCAGAAAAAGAAUAAAGAAAAGAACCAAAAAUCAAUAAACAAUGAUAUUUUUUUUCAAUUCUUUAAUCUUCGUCGCUGCGUUCUAUACUGCAUUUCCCGCUUCUUCUUGAAUCCCAAUCUCCCUUAUUUGACUCUUUCUGCUUUGGCCUCUCUGGGGUGUGGUGGGGAGCAAACGAAGAAGGAUUUGAAGAUUAGGUUUAGGAGUAAGAAAUGGGGGAAGGAGUUGAGGGUUUUGGGAAGGAAGAAGGAGAAGAAGUCAUGGAAACUCCAGAGAGAAGCAGGAACAACCAGAUCGCUGCAUCUAUUGCCAAAUUCGAGGAAUCCCCUGUUUUUAACUUUCUCAACAACCUCUCACCAAUCAAGCCGGUGAAAUCGAUCCACAUUACACAAACAAUAAACCCUCUUAGUUUCGCAUCCCUCCCGUCUGUUUUUGCGUCGCCCCAUCAUGUUUCGCUCAAAGAAUCUCGAUUUUAUCAAAGGCAUCGUCUGUUGGAUCCAUCGAAACCCGAGUUUUCUUGCGGUGAAGAGGGCGGCGGCGUUGAUACGAACAAGGAAAAUGCUGAAGGUACUAAGAAAUCGGGUGAACAUCAGGUUGAUAAGAACGCGGACGCGAUAAAUCUGGUUGAUCAAAAUAAAGAAACAGCAAGUGAAUGGGAGGAUUUGCUUUCGAAUGCCUCCGAUCUCAUCGUUUUCGAAUCGCCGGGUGACGUCAAUUCUUACGAGAAAUCAGUCGAUCCCGGAGAGAGUUUCUACGCGAGUAUGAAUAACGACAUGGAGAAUAUGCACACGCUGCUCGAUUCGGGCGAACAGCUUGGAGAAAGAUGCGAACUUGAAGAUGGGUCAACUCAUCCCGAAGAAGGAAUCGAGACGACACAAAUUGCCGAUGCCUGUGACCUAAUUGCAAAUCCGUUGCUGAUCGAUCAUGGCGAAGAGAACGAUCACGAGCAUCUUUCGGGAAUCUGCCGUGGGAUGAGAAGACGGUGUCUGGUUUUCGAGAUGUCGGGAGGCCAAAAACGGCAUUUCGACGAGCAUUUUGGAUCCGGGUCGUCGAAUUUACUCCGAUCUGACGGAAGUACAUCCUCCGUCGACGAGCAGCAGCAUCUUUCGAUAAGGGCGGGAAACGAUUCGUCACGUCGUAUAUUACCUGGCAUCGGGUUGCAUUUGAAUGCUCUCGCGACGACUCCGAAGGACUACAGAAUCGUUAACAACGAUUCCUCCGCCGCUUCCGGAAGGCUGUUGAUCGGACAUGGCUUGUCCGUUAAUUUCCAUCCUUCGGUCGCUGUUCAGGAACCGAUAAACAACGUUGUUGUACCCGUCGCCGCAUCAGACGUGGAAAUCGAUUGUCCUGAAAAUGCUAUUGUGCCAUUCGAUUCGAACGAUCCGAACGAAGAUAUAAACCAAACUAGCCCGAAGAAGAAAAGCCGCAGGACGGACUCGUCGGGGGACGGUGAGGCCUGCAAACGUUGCAACUGCAAGAAAUCGAAAUGCUUAAAACUUUAUUGUGAAUGCUUCGCUGCCGGGGUUUAUUGCGUCGAGCCGUGCGCGUGUAUCGAUUGCUUCAACAAACCCAUCCAUGAAGAUACGGUUCUUGCAACGCGCAAACAGAUCGAGACGAGGAAUCCUCUUGCUUUCGCGCCGAAAGUGAUUAGGACAUCCGAGGUUGUUGCCGAAACCAAGGAUGAUCCUAACAAGACGCCGGCAUCAGCUCGACAUAAACGAGGAUGCAACUGCAAGAAGUCGGGUUGUCUGAAGAAAUACUGCGAAUGCUACCAGGGUGGUGUCGGAUGCUCGGAUAAAUGCAGAUGCGACGGGUGUAAGAACACGUUUGGGCGUAAAGAAGACAUGGAAGGCGAGGCUGAGGAAGACGAGCCGGAGACGAACGAGAAUUCGAUGGCCGACAACGACGUCGAUCAAAACCUCGAUUCCGCACCCAUUGCGACGCCUCAACAACCUGGAAGGCAAUGUGUUCAUCUCUCUUCAAACAAAAAGCCGGUAAGAUCUUUCCCGUCGAGCGUCGGGUCCUCCCGCCAAGUCAAAUCGGGAUACUUUCGACUUCCGGAAAAGUUCGAUUCUAAAUCGGGAAAUAACAAAGGGGACGAGAUGCCGGAGAUUCUCCAAGGACGGUCGCCUCCGAUCGGAGGCGUAAAGUUAUCGUCGCCUAAUCGGAAGAGAGUUUCGCCUCCGCAUGCGUCGGGAAUGUCAGGCCGGAAGCUCAUUCUCCAUUCAAUACCGUCGUUCCCCUCGCUCAGCCCGAAUCUGUGACUCGAUCGGCGGGCCCGCGGGCCGACGACGCAGAUCGUCAGAGUCGGAAACAGAGCUCCGAAAGAAUCUGUUUUAAUUGAUGAAUGAAUGUCCGUUUGUAGGUAGUUUCGUGUAACAUAUUAUAUGUUUGUUUUUGUCUUAGUUUCGUUAGUAAUAAAACUCAGAUUCUAUGGUGUCUGUAAUUGUUACUUGUAUGUAGUGAAUUUCUUGCAUUUUAUUGUAGUAAAAUUUCAAAUGCU